CACUGGAUUUGCUUCUGGUCUUGUUGUAAUAUUGGGUUUCAGAAUGCACGGCAUGCGUUUGCUCACCGUCUUCGCCCUCUCGUCGCUGCUGGUUGCCGCCGUUGGGGUGGCCGGCGUGGGAAUCUUCCCUCCGACUUGCGAGAGGAUCGAGUGCGCGGAGUUUGAUGUGAUCGCUGAGGGCGACGGGUAUGAGAUUCGUCGGUAUAAUUCCGCAGUUUGGAUGUCCACCUCCCUCAUCGACGAUAUCUCUUUGGUGAACGCCACUCGGACUGGAUUUCUUCAGUUAUUUGAUUACAUCCAAGGGAAGAAUAAAUAUGGGGAAACAAUAGAAAUGACAGGUCCAGUGAUGAGCCAAAUCUCACCCAGUGAUGGACCUUUCUGUAAAUCAUCAUUUGUUGUGAGUUUUUACGUUCCAAAGAAGAACCAGGCCAAUCCUCCUCCUGCUGAAGGCCUUCAUGUGCAGAAAUGGCAGUCUAAAUUUUUAGCUGUGCGACAAUUUGGUGGCUUUGUGUCUGAUGAUACAAUUGGACAGCAAGCAGAUGCUCUGCUUUCCAGUCUCACAGGUUCCAACUGGGCUUCUGCUAUUGAUCCAUCUGAAGCUUAUGCAGUUGCACAGUAUAAUUCACCAUUUGAGUUCUCUGGCAGAGUGAAUGAGGUCUGGAUAACACUUGAUCUUCAUGCUUCUGCAAUGUAAGUGUUUGCCAGACUAGAGUGCUAAAAGUAGAGAAAAGAAGAUCAAAUAGUGCUUAAGAUGUUCUCAUUAUAUGUUUUAUGAUAAGCAUUUGAUUGAGCUGUGGAAUGAGAACUGGAGUGAUUGAUGUUUAUAUUUGGGAUCACAGUGGCUUUGAUGGUUUGAUGCAUGCAUCCGAACUUUAUAUGCUAUUAAACUUGAAAUGCAACAUUUAAAUGUGCUUUUAGUCUUUA